CGCGGCCGGCCGGGACCAGGCCGGAGGCCGAGGGGCGGCGACGGCGGAGGCCGGGAGGGGGGAGGAGAAGAGCCGCCGGAGGAGCCGCCGCAGCAGCUCCCCCGCCUCCCGGGCUGAGGGAAUUUUAGGAAAGAAAGAUGGCUCAACCUACAGGGAGAAGUUUUAUGCAAGUAUUAUGUGAAAAAUACAGUCCUGAGAACUUUCCUUAUCGCCGUGGUCCUGGGAUGGGAGUCCAUGUUCCAGCUACACCUCAGGGCACACCUAUGAAAGAUCGCCUCAACCUCCCAAGUGUGCUGGUGUUGAACAGCUGUGGAAUAACCUGUGCAGGAGAUGAAAAAGAAAUUGCUGCCUUUUGUGCUCAUGUAUCAGAACUAGAUCUUUCUGACAACAAACUCGAAGACUGGCAUGAGGUCAGUAAGAUUGUGUCAAAUGUUCCUCAGUUGGAGUUUCUAAACCUGAGUUCCAACCCUCUGAAUUUGUCGGUUUUAGAAAGAACAUGUGCUGGGUCCUUCUCUGGGGUUCGCAAACUUGUCCUCAACAACAGCAAAGCUUCUUGGGAGACAGUGCACACGAUACUUCAGGAGUUACCAGAUUUGGAGGAGCUUUUCCUGUGCCUUAAUGACUAUGAAACAGUGUCUUGUCCUUCUAUUUGCUGUCAUUCUCUUAAGCUACUACAUAUAACAGACAAUAACCUCCAAGACUGGACUGAAAUACGGAAGUUAGGAGUUAUGUUUCCUUCCCUGGAUACCCUUGUCCUGGCCAACAAUCAUUUGAAUGCUAUUGAGGAGCCUAAUGAUUCACUGGCAAGGUUAUUUCCUAAUCUACGAUCCAUCAGCCUUCAUAAGUCAGGUUUGCAUUCUUGGGAAGACAUUGACAAACUAAAUUCAUUCCCCAAACUUGAAGAAGUGAGGUUAUUAGGAAUUCCUCUUCUGCAGCCAUAUACCACUGAGGAGCGAAGGAAGUUGGUGAUAGCCAGAUUGCCAUCAGUUUCCAAACUUAAUGGCAGUGUUGUCACUGAUGGUGAGCGGGAAGAUUCGGAGAGAUUUUUUAUUCGUUACCAUGUCGAUGUCCCACAGGAAGAAGUGCCAUUCAGGUACCAUGAACUAAUCACAAAAUAUGGGAAGUUGGAGCCUUUGGCAGAAGUGGACUUAAGACCGCAGAGCAGUGCAAAAGUAGAAGUCCACUUUAAUGAUCAGGUGGAAGAAAUAAGCAUUCGUCUGGACCAAACAGUUGCAGAACUAAAGAAGCAAUUAAAAACUCUAGUGCAAUUGCCCACAAGCAAUAUGCGUCUCUACUAUUUUGACCAUGAAGCACCCUUUGGCCCAGAAGAAAUGAAGUACAGCUCUCGGGCAUUGCAUUCCUUUGGCAUUAGGGAUGGAGAUAAAAUUUAUGUGGAAUCCAAAACAAAAUAACCUCUACCAGCCUUGUAAAAACACAUAGAAGGACUUCUUGCAGGGCAUUUGUUUCCAAUGUGGUUUUCUUUAGGAGGGAGAAGUUUGUUUUUAUUGGUUUUGUUUAGGUUUUGGGGGCUUUUGUAUAAUUUUCCCCUAGGUUGGGCAGGGGGCUGUUUUGGUAUUUUCUAGUACAGAUUUCUUUGGCUGAGCCAGUAUUACUGGCCAGAUCUCCAGUCCAUGCGCUGUCCCUAUGAAAGAAAUGACUAAGAAAUCACUGACUUCUUACUGUGCUCACGGGAUUUGUCUGACACUUGGUUAUCAUUACCAUUUGGGUACACCUGUGAAAAUAGCAUGAAUAGUAUAUCCCCUCAGAAGGGUGUGUUAUGGUAUUUAAAUCAGGAAAUGAGGAAUGUCUACAGGAAGGGCCAGCACUUCUUCCCAUUCCUCCUUUUUCUUCCCUCUCCCUCCUUUUCCCUUUUGGCUCAGUUUUUUGACUUGUGUCAACACAUGUUUACCUAAUAGUUUUAUUCUGUCUAUAAUUAAUUUAUUUCUCAACUUGGGUGACUUUUCUUAUUUCUCCCUUUUGAAAGAAUUUAAAGUGUUUUAAGCAUUUCUCAACCUGGUUCUGAUCUCAGGUACUCAGUAAGAACCUGUAUAACUCUGUUCGAACCCUAGAGAGGAGUAGCUGGACAGUCAAAGCUCCAGGAAGACAUGUUGUUAUUCUGGAAGCACAGACAGAGCCAUCUCAUUUCUUUGUAUGUUGCUAUCUCAAUUUAAUGUUCCUCACAUAUUAUACCAAGCGUUGCUUCAGUAACAUGUAAUAUUCCAGACUCCAGUGUUCCUUUUUUGUUUCAAAGAAUAUAUUUCCUCGUAUCUUUCUUUUUCAUUCCUUUAAACUAUUGGGAAUAGAGGCCUGACUUUAUGGAGAAUCCAAUACAGUAAUGGAUAUUGUGCCAGGAGGGUUGGAAUUAGCUUAGAAACUGUCUGUGGCGUGUGUGAGAGAGUGAAGUGGGGGAACAUGGGAGGAAGAGUGCACCAGCCCUCCUGUCGGUAUCAUCAGUUUGAAGCCCCCUCUCUUGCACUUUUCAUUAAAACUGGGAAAUUCUAAUCAAGGGAGCUUUGAUUCCCAGUUCUUUCCUGGGAUUUUGUGGUGUCAUAAUUGAGCAAUUCUUUUUGUUUUACAUUUCAGUUUAGUUGCCCCAAUAGAAAAACAUUUCUGCCUAAUCUGUGAGUAAAGUGUAAGUAUCAAAACUUCAGAAUGUUUUGUAAAAGCAUGAAGUCCUUUUUCUUCAAAAGCUGGUUCUACCUGCUCUGAAAUCUUUCUGUUUGUUCUUCUUUUCUCUUGUUUAUCAGAUGCAAUCCCUUUCUUUAAUAUAUAUCUUUCUUGGUCGACCAUGUUGACAGUGAAAGACUUGAGGAAAAUAGUUAGCUUAACUGGGGCAAAAGUUGUGCCCCUGAAGUAUUUUUCAAAGAAUGUAAUCAUUAGCUGAUUCCAUUUGACAUUCUGACCUUUGUUACCUGAUUCCAUCUCCCUACAAAUUCUCUAAUUUCUUUUGAAGAUUUGGGUGAAUCAUAAAUUCUUCACGUGUGAGGAGUUGGUUUUAUUAUUGCUACUUUUUUAUUUUCGUGUGCCAUAAUGGCAGAUGUUUAUUCUCUUCAUGCACUUCGGGUUCAUUAUCUGUAAAGCCUUUGACUCAGGCCUAUGAGUCAAAUCUACAUUCACUGUAACAUUCAAGGUGGAAACCAAAGGGUUUGAGAAAGAUGAAUGAGGCCUGUUCUCCUGCUGCUGCAGACUUUAUCUUUCAGAAUCAUAAAAAUGAGCAAUGGAGAUCCAGGCUGGGUGUAGACAAGAAUAAUUAUUUUGCAAUCACAUUUUCCUGACACAUUUUUGGAGGUGCGAAAAAAGUGUGGUGGCAACAGUGUCAUGAAGAUUCAAACUGUGGGUGCUCCGUGUGUGUGCGCAUGAGUGCAGAGAAAUUUGAGAGGGAAACAGUGUAAUUGAGCCUGUUGCUGUCGCCAGGCUGGGAAACAGAUGUACUCUUAUUUUUUGAAGUUGUAUGACCCUGACUGUCCCACAGCAAAAGGCAGAGCAAGCACUUAUGUUAUGCUUUAAUCAUAAGUGGAAUGGUCAUAAUAAGAUAUUUUGUAUAUGACAAAGUUUUAUGAAAUGCUUUUUUAUUGUUAGAGACCUGUUUCUUUUGUUAUUAUAGAACACAGUGUUCAUCAGCUGCAGGCAUACCUCUUUUGUUAUACAGUUGCAUGUAAGGGGAACUUCGAAUUUAAUUCAGUGGACGUGGGUAUUUUUAGAGCAUUGUAAUUGAUGGUUUUAAUAAUUGCCGAAUAAUUUUUGAUUAAGAAAAAUCUCAUACAAUUACAGGUCUUUUAGAGUUAUAGAAGAGCAGUGAAUGAGAAAAGCUAUUUGAGCACGUGUGCUUGUAUAUUCAUUUGGUGGCUGAGUAACGAUGCUGCUUUUGAAAUAAAAUGGGUGCUGUGUA